UUAAUUGGAGCUCAGUAGGUUUGAGGAAGCUGUGGAUUGUGCCUGAGACAUGGAAUGACAUUGUACUUAGUAGUUCUACCUGUUUUUAGGCUGGAGCCUCAGUUGAAAGCUUUUCUUUCUGAAAUCCAAAUGAUUCACGAAUCUGGUGGAGUCUGGCGCCUUGUUGGAACGGGGGUAUCCAGCCGUUUGAUUUUUGGCAUCAAACACUCCAGGGUAAAAGCGCCUGUUCCAGUGACCCUGGGCUUACUUCUGCCUCUGAAGAAUUGAAGUUAAUUCGAGGCCUCCAUGUGUAUCAUCUUCUUCCACUUCAAUCCAAAUUCAGCUUCUGCUUACAGGCUUAUCCUAGCAGCAAACAGAGAUGAAUUCUAUUCUAGACCAUCAAAGCCAGCAGAUUUUUGGGCAAACAAUGGCAACAUCUUAAGCGGACUGGAUAUGGAAAAAGGGAGAGAAGGAGGAACAUGGCUGGGUAUUAGCAAGAAAGGCAAGUGUGCCGCACUGACCAAUUAUCUUCAACCCGUUAUCAACAUGGACGCACUUGGCAGAGGUUAUCUAGUGCCAAAUUUUCUGACUCAAGAUAUGGAUGGAUUGACUUAUUUGAAGAAAAUUUCUUUGGAGGGACAUCUCUAUAAUGGUUUUAACUUGUUAACUGUAGACUUCAGCAACACCAAAGGAGAUAUGAUGUGUUACUAUGGGAAUAGAAGUGACCAGGAGCCCAGAGUUUUGGAUCCAGGUAUUUAUGGGCUUUGCAACAGUCUUCUUGAUACUCCAUGGAAGAAACUUGUUAAUGGGAAAAAGCUUUUCACAGAAACUAUUAAGAAAAGCUGUGCACUUUCUCCAGAGAACUUGACGCAAGAGCUCUUAAACAUGCUGAAUAACGAAGAAUACCAAUUGCCAGUCACUGAUAUAGAGGAGCAAGGUCAGGAUUUCAUUCGACCUAUCUUAGAGGAGUUCUCGGCAUUGUUCAUUCGCACUUCCUUUUAUGGCACUCGGACAAACACAGUCAUCCUUGUUGACGCUAAAGGGCAUGUAACCUUCACAGAGCGUUGCCUGCUCAAGCCUGACACAAACCAAUGGAAAGUCAGCUCCUACCAGUUUGAACUUGAGACUUAACAGCUUUCCAUUCAACACACAGUGAAAAAGAAAGGAACAGGAAAUAAAGUUGACUGGAAAUGAAAGCAUAUUUUGCAGAUCCUGCGGGUUUCUUGGACACUGCAGAUGUAAAUGGUUGAUUAAAACAUACUGCAUCCUA